GGCGGGGAGGGCCGGGUGCGCAUGCGUAUGGCCGGCCAGAGGGGGACGCGACGGGACGGGACGGGACGGUGUUAUUGCAGCGGACGCCUCCGGAACGCGGCAGCGACAAUGUUUGAGGGGUAGGCCCUGGUCGAGAGGGACACGUCACUGCGCACCCGUUUACAGCGAGCUGAGCGGGGGGGCCCCCACCGGCGGCACUUUCAGGGGCGAGAGCAGAGAGACCGAUAAAGAGACGCAAUGGACGUGGAUAUGGACUUGGAUCAGGACCUGAUGCAGAAAUUCAGCUGCAUGGGAACCACAGAUAAGGAUGUGCUGAUCUCCGAGUUCCAGAGGCUACUGGGUUUCCAGCUCAACCCCGCCGGCUGCGCGUUCUUCCUGGACAUGACCAAUUGGAAUUUGCAAGCUGCCAUUGGUGCUUACUACGACUUUGAGAGUCCAAAUAUAAAUGCACCUUCUAUGUCAUUUGUAGAAGAUGUCACAAUAGGAGAAGGGGAAUCAGUACCACCUGACACUCAGUUCACCAAAACAUGGAGGAUACAGAAUACAGGCACAGAGCAAUGGCCUCCUGGUGUGUCCUUGAAAUACGUAGGAGGGGACCAGUUUGGUCAUGUUAAUAUGGUGAUGGUCCGAUCACUGGAGCCUCAGGAAGUUACCGAUGUCAGUGUUCAGAUGCGAAGUCCAACUACGCCUGCAAUGUACCAGGGGCAAUGGCGCAUGUGUACAGCUACAGGGCUUUACUUUGGAGAUGUGAUUUGGGUGAUUCUGAGUGUAGAAAUCGGAGGCCUUUUAGGAGUUACACAGCAGCUUUCUUCAUUUGAAACAGAAUUUUCUUCACAACCCUGUCGCAAGAUUGAAGGCAAUUUUAACCCUUUCGCUUCACCGCAGAAAAACCGGCAAUCUGAUGACAACAGUGUGAAGGACCCUGGGGGCCAAAGUACAAAUGUCAUUAGUAAAAAUGCAUGGGCCCCAAAUGAAGACCAAAAUGAACAAGAUCAAAAUGGACUGUCGCAGAACUCUGUAAAUAUCUCCCCUAACAGUCACUCUAGCAACUUAUCAGUGGUGACUUACAGUCAGAAUGUCACAGAAGUGUUCAUUGCACUUAUGCCAAAUGAGAAGUUGGAAUUGCCUCAGUUCUUUGGGGUGAUUGAUGACUGGCAACAAGAUACAAGGCAGAAAUCUAAUGGAGGGUUUCAAAUAUCAUAAGGUUUCCAUGGCCCUUAUCCUUUUGGUCAGUCUUAAAACGGGUAUUGCCAUUGUCCAGCAGCCUCUGGGGUCUUGGUGUCACUCUGAAAUUUUGCUCUGGCCCCAUUUCCCUCCUUUGACACAACACUGAAAAAUGAUGGCUGUUUGUUUCAAAACAAUGUAUGCAUGUGUGAAUGCUAAAUUAAAGAGUGCUGUAAUUGUUUAAGAAAACACAAUGGAUUUUUUAGAUGACCUUGUCAGAAUAAUUAUGUAGUUAAACACAAAGCCAUGUUCAAAUUAUUUUGCCUACUGAGCGACUGUAGUUUAAGCGAAAGAUGAAAAAAUAUUUUGUAUUUGUUUGUUCAAAGCAUCUUAACUGUUGGAAUUUUUCCUGUGCGAGUGAGUUUGUUCUGUAACCUGCGGAGUAUCAAAUGGAGGGCGUGAGUGGAGUAGGAUUGUGUGAAAAGGUGAGUGUAACUCACUGUAGAAUGGGAGCAGUCUAUGACAGCACAAUCAUUUGGAGACUUUUCCACACUGUACAAAUGAAGUUUAUUAAAUUAACACUGAAAAGUCUCUAAUCAAACCUGUGUCUAAUUUUAGAUGUCACAUUCUUAAUGACAAUUGAUGCCAGUCAAAGACAAAUUUCUGGCUUAUUGGGAAUGUGCUAUUUCAGGCAUCAGUUGAUUUCAUACAUAUUAAUGUGCACUGAUGGGUUUGACUAUGCACGGAUGAUAAUGCUGAAUGCGAUGACUUUGGGUUCUCAAAAAUCUCAAAUCACAUGUCUGCUACUCAUUUGUUGUGCUGAAGCAACUGAUAAUUCCUACAUCCUGUUUGGCUUUGUUAAAACCAUUACCAUUUUGCGUUCCUUAAUUUGAAAAAUAUGUUCUCAAAUAUAUUUUUUGGUAAAGUUAGCAUUUUAAGCUAUUCAUGGCAAAUGUUUUGUUCCUUAUACAAGCAAUACUAUGUUUAAUAUUACCUUUAAAGUGGAACCGUACUAGUGUACUAUUUUGGAGCAAGGUUUUAAUCAUUGAAUUUGCUGUACAAUGACUUCACCUCCGACUGGUACCAAGACAAUAAUAGUAUUAAUUGUGUAUUAAAUAUGCAUCAAUUGCAGAUAACAUUUAAAUAAGAAUAAAUGAGCAUUUUAAUUGGUGCUUCCUGCCCAAAAAGGAGCAGCCCAUUUUGUGUUACCAUUUUGCAGAAUCUGUUCCUUUCCACAAUAUUACAGCUGUAAAAUGAAUAUCAGGGCGACUUUAUGAAAAUUAAGAAAAAUAAAUGCAAAGACAUUAUUAUAUGCUGCAGUUGACAACAAAAUUGCUGAGAUGGAAGAGUAGACCACUUAUCCAGUCUUGUUUUAAUUAAAGGUGGAUGUUCAGGAGGUGACAGGUAGGAGGGAGUGUGGCAAAAUCUUGAGCAUUUUACUCGUGAUUCAAAAAGUCCUCCAUUUGCCGCCUUAAAAUUUGUAAAAUAUUCAACUCUAUAAAUAUGGGAGCUGAAAAUAUCGUAAAUAGUUCUUCCACACCCACCAUGGGCAUGAUCUUCUGGAGCCAAGCAAGUUUCUGUACAGGAUUGCUGAACACUUAAAUGUCUGUACAUCUAGCAUGGAAUAAAGAACUUGGGAGUUAAGGGUAAGAACAGGAUUGAUGCAUCUAAGACAACAGCACUGAACUCAGUGAAGAAUAGGUUAGAAUCUAAAUAUAAAAGGGAAAUUAGUUUUUCUUCUGCUUCUGCAGAUAUUUUUGGAUUCUUGGCAACGUUUUUGUAUAUGAUUGGAUCUUGACUCCUACUUCAUAAUGUUUCCACAAUGAGCACUAUACUGGAGAACAUCAUGCAAAAGUUAAGAGUGCUAUCUUAAAAAUUAGUGCUAUCUUUCUCUAAUUGAUAUUGUAAAGGUUCAUCAAAUUGCUUUAUAUGUGGUGGAUAUUUCUUGGGCCAUUUAAGGGCAGAUUUUAAUUAAAAUAUAGUUGCCAAAUGCAUCUUUUAAGCUUGUUUACUAAUCUGAACUCUAUCCCUUUUAGGAAUAAAGCCAUGAAACUGUCCAAAAUACGCAAUUGAUAAUUUGGUGAUGAUUAGAAGGGUACUUGAGGGGAAAGUGUGUCAGUUGAAAGUGAUGACAAGUGGAGGUCUUUGCUUUUACAUAUUGAAAGAGAUUGUUUUAAAAUGAUGGUUCUGACAUGGAUUUGUAAGUAAUAAUAAGUAACUAAUAAUUUUACCAGUUUAUCAAAUGCUGUUAACUUUGUCUUUAUAUAUUGCUUAGCUUUCAUGUAGUCACUUAUUUUAGGGAAGUUCACUAAUUGCCUCAGAAUUUAACAUUUCUAUGUGUGAGUUUUGCUAGAAAAAGACAAGUCAGAUUAAUGAGUUCUUUGCAGUAUUGACCAUUGCACCAUUAACAUGGUCCUCUUAACAUUCAGCCAAUUUUGAAGGAUUUAAGCAGACCUCCAAAUGUCAUAAAACAAUGUAGGAAAUGAAUAAUAUAUUGCAAAUUCAGUCUUCCUAUCCCUUGAUUGAGAGUUGAACAAUAUUGUAAAAGAUGUUGCAUACCUGCAAAUGAACGUGAGAUUUAUAAAAACAGCACAAUAUCUUCAGUAAAUGUCAAAAAUGUUAUGAAAUUUAUAUUUGAGUACAUGGUUAUUUGCUUUCUGUUGAUGCCUGGUUUUAAUAUCUGUGCACCUUUUAGUUGCUUGAUAUUAAUUCUUGGUUGUUAUUUAAAGUAAUGUGUAACUCUUUGAAUUUGUAUGUAUUGCUGGAAUUUAAAAAAAAUGUUUGACAGUGGAAGUACGUCUGUACACGGCUAACUGCUGCACUGAACAUAAACACUUGGGAUUGGUUGAAAUUAAAGAUAUGUCAAUUUAUA